AUGGCAGAAGAGGUGAGGAAUCCCGCCGUUCAAGUACCUAAAGCGAUCACCUGGUCGGUUCCCAUCUCGGCUAUUAUGGGUCUUGUGUUCUUGCUCCCAAUAGCUUUUACGCUCCCUGAUAUCGGAGCAUUGUUGGAAGGAAAUGGCGCCCAACCCACAGGCCUAAUGUUUACGCUGAUUAUGGGUUCCGAGGCUGGUGGAUUUGGCAUGUGGUUCAUCGUUUUCGGUGUCGGCGUCUUCUGCGCUAUAUCAAUAUGUACAGCUGCCUCUCGGGCGACCUGGGCGUUCGCCCGCGACAAAGCGCUUCCCUUCCACCGCAUCUUCUCUCGCGUCAACAACGAUCCAUCUUCCUACUUCCCCGAAAUCCCACUCAACGCCUUCCUCCUGUCGACGCUCAUACAGGUGCUGUUGGGCUUGCUGUACCUAGGAUCUAGCGCGGCGUUCAAUGCCUUCGUUGGCGUCGCAGCAACCUGUCUUGGCGCUAGUUACGCCAUGCCUGUGGCGAUCAACUUGAUGCAUGGUAGGACACAUGUCAAAGGGGCGCCUGCGUAUCUAGGACGGUGGGGAGUUCCGCUGAAUGUCUUGGCCGUGCUGUGGACGCUGUUCUUGGUUGUUAUCUAUUCCAUGCCAGCAACGCUGCCAGUGACUAGAUCUUCUAUGAAUUAUGCCUCUGCUGUGUUUGUAGGGUUCGGCGCUAUAAGCGGUGUCUGGUAUAUGAUCAGUGGGAGGUACCAUUACUCUGGACCCCCAAUGCCACAGACAGAGAAAGAUUCAACAACAGCAUAUAGCAGUUAA